CAGACCGCGGCGCCCUGGGAGCACACAGAUCUUCCUCCUCCCUCCUCCCUCCUCUUUCAGCCAUUCCGGUCCAGCGCGAGCCUCGCUGACGCGCCCUGCAGCGGCGCGGGGCGCGCCAGCGGUUUCGACGAGUGCCCAGCAGUUGGCGACUGCCCGCGCGGCGGGCGGAGAUGUCCUGCGCUGGCCAGGCGGCUGCUCUAGUCCGAGCGCGGCGGGCGGAGAUGGCCUGCACGCGCCGCGGCGCUCGCCCUCGGGAUGAAGGCCGUGCGGUGGCGCUGUCGGACCAUUGGGCCAUCGAUAACAUGAACGGCGGCCGGUUCCCCAUGACGGGGGGGGGGCUGCGGCUGCUGACCGCCUGUUGCGAGCCAGCGCCAAUGUUCUCAGCUCGGACAAUGCAUUUGCAUUCGUUCAUUUCUGAGUGUUUUUCGCCAGGCCAGGAUCAUGUAACCCUCACGUCUAGAAGUUCAGGGUCUUCUCUUCAAGAGAAGGCGUCGACUGACCUCAGAGGAAGGUUGUCAACCGAGUAUUAUUGUAAACGUUAGCCCUAUGACUCUGGCCAGCUUUGUGUUCCAUGAGUGUCACGGACGCGCCUCC